AGGCGGGAUGAGGCGCGGGCGUUUAUAAGGCGCCGCCCCGCCAGGCUCGCCGUACAUUUCGCUGAAGCUUUGAAGUGUUGUGUGGACCUCGCACCGCCCGGCUAUCGGUCAGAAUGGCGUCAGAUGAGGGAAAACUCUUUGUCGGCGGGCUCAGUUUCGACACCAAUGAGCAGUCAUUGGAGCAAGUCUUCUCUAAAUACGGACAGAUUUCUGAAGUUGUGGUGGUGAAAGACAGAGAGACUCAGAGAUCCAGAGGUUUUGGCUUUGUUACUUUUGAAAAUAUCGAUGAUGCAAAAGAUGCGAUGAUGGCCAUGAACGGAAAGUCUGUAGAUGGGCGUCAGAUCCGAGUUGACCAGGCUGGGAAGUCCUCAGAGAACAGAUCCCGUGGCUACAGAGGGGGGUCCUCGGGGGGCCGGGGCUUCUUCCGCGGGGGCCGAGGCCGGGGCCGUGGCUUCUCCAGAGGAGGUGGAGACAGAGGCUAUGGCGGCAGCAGAUUUGAUUCCAGAAGUGGAGGCUAUAACGGCUCCAGAGACUACUAUAAUAGCAGGAGUCAAGGUGGCUAUGGAGACAGGAACUCAGGAGGCUCCUACAGAGACAGCUACGACAGUUACGGUAAGUCGUGCUUCGAGCGGGAGCGCUGAGUCCGUGUGCUGUAGGAGCUCUGAACCUGCUGAGCCCGAGCCUGCAGCUGGGGCAGGCUCAGGCUGUGGACGUGUGGUGGUGCCGGGAGAUUCUAAUUUAAUGCAUGUGCAGGAGUUGCUCGGAUCUAAGGCAAAGCAAGUGUUUAAAAAAAAAAAAAAGAAAAGAAAAGGUGUUCCUGGAGCCCAAACUCGGCUGCCCUAACGCACUGACCCGCGGGUGGGGGAUCUCAGUAGCCAAGUAGCCGUAGCCUUGGAAUAAUGCAAAGGGAGUAAAAUGCUGGAACUUGUCUUUGCUUCAGUGCCUUUACAAUUGUGCCUGCUUCUUGUCCUCAGCUACACACAACGAGUAAAAAUCCUUCCUGACUCAAGAUCGUCCUUCCAAUGGCUGUAUUUAUAAAGAUUUUUGGAGCUUCGCUGAAAUGGUUAUUGUGUAGUACAUCUACUUGUAUUUUCACUUUUGUAGUAUUAUCAGUUCUGAUCUUGUCAUACACAGCCUGGCAGCUUCUGAGACAAGACUGUCUGAUUAGACUGUCUUGGAGAAAGCUCUGCUUUCAAGUGGUUUUAAUCUUUUUUGAAAGCACUUCAGAUUUUAUUUUAUCCUCCAUGAAUGAGCCAAGGUGUUCGUUUUUGGUUGUUUUUUUUAAGUUGGGGCCCCAAUUCAGUUUCUUUUGAGCUAGCAAGGACCUUGUACCAAUGUUCACUAGAAGCUGAACAAGCUGUGGACUUUUUUUUCUUCCUUUUUUUUUUUUUCAAGUGCAUUACCUUCGUCUUUUGUAACAUUCCUUUAGUGUAGCAAGGUAGGAAUGCAGCUUGGGUUCCGUUGGAAGGCAAACCACCUUGAUAUAUCUAAAGAGAAACGUGCUUGUAUGUUCAACCCGCAUAACGGUAUUUUUACUGUUGUAAUGAUGUAAAUGACCCAGAACUAGACUUGCAAACCAUAAAGAGGUUCUUGAAAAUGUUUAUUUAUAUUGUCCUUUUUUACUGGAAGAAAUAUGCAUAUUCCAUUGCUGUUGUAUUUGAAGUGGUAAAGGAUUCCUGUAUACAGUUUUCUUUGGCUUUACGAAGCCUAUUAAAAGACCGUCUGAAAUGAA